UUGUUGCAUACUUUUAGAAAGAAUCAUACGCGAGACGCAAAAAUAAAUUGCUAUCAUAAUAUUUAAAACUCCAAAUUAACGUGUUCUCGUCAGCAUUGGUCAGUAUCAGUUAGUAUCGUCAGUAUUCAUCAGGGAAGAUGGCUGCGCUCUGUAGACUUACUGUGCAGGCUAGUAAAGCUAUCUUUUUUCCACAGUCCAGCAGAAAUGUAUCACUUUCGGCAGUAUCACGACUAAAAGAGAUACGCGAGAAAAAGGAAGGUAACACUUUAAUAAUAUCAGGCGAAUUUGUAAAACCAAAGGAUGAACACUUACAAAUAAAAAACAAUACAACGGCAUGUCCACUAUGUGCAACUGGGCUCGAUGUAAAACAUACAGAUGUGCUUAUACUUAGCCAAUUUCUAAGAUCAGAUGGAUGCAUGUUACCUCGCAGAAUUACCAAUCUAUGUAAAGUACAACAGAAGAGAGUUUCAGUGAUGGUUGCAAUGGCUCAAAAAGCUGGGCUGAUGCCGAAUCUCAAUCCACCUUCAAGCAAGAAGGAUCCCAAAAGGAGAUACGGUUACAAGAAAUACAAUACGUAUUUUGAUGAAGCAACUAUCCAAUGGAAAUUGUAGAAAUAUAAAUAUAUAUUGUUACCCUUAGACUUUACAGAUCUUAAUUGUAAAUUAACCCAGUUUCAACUGCUCACUAUAGCAAUAAAUAAUUACAGUAAAA